AUGAGUUCUUUGGCUGCUGCCCGCUACGGCAAGGACAAUGUCCGCGUCUACAAGGUGCACCGGGACGAGAAGACCGGUACCCAGACUGUGGUCGAAAUGACCGUCUGUGUCCUCCUGGAGGGCGACAUCGAGACCUCCUACACCAAGGCCGAUAACAGCGUUGUCGUCGCAACAGACUCUAUCAAGAACACCAUUUACAUCACAGCCAAGCAGCACCCCGUCACUCCUCCAGAGCUGUUCGGUUCCAUUCUGGGCACACACUUCGUCGAGAAGUACAGCCACAUCCAUGCGGCGCACGUCAACAUCGUGACCCACCGCUGGGAGCGCAUGGAAGUCGACGGCAAGCCGCACGCACACUCAUUCGUCAAGCCCGGCGCAGAGACUCGCGACGUCCAAGUCGACGUCAUCGAGGGCAAGGGCAUCGAUAUCAACUCCUCCAUCAAGGGUCUGACCGUGCUGAAGAGCACCGGCUCCCAAUUCUGGGGCUUCCUCCGCGACGAGUACACCACCCUCAAGGAGACCUGGGAUCGCAUCCUCAGCACCGAUGUCGCAGCCAACUGGCAAUGGCGCCGCUUCACAGGCCUCCCUGAGGUGCAGGCUCACUUCGAGAAGUUCAAUGCUGCCUACGAUGCUGCGCGCGCAAUUACUCUCAAGACCUUCGCGGAGGAUAACAGCGCCUCUGUCCAGGCGACUAUGUACAAGAUGGCGGAUUUGAUUCUUGCCGCCGCACCUCUCGUCCAGACUGUUGAGUAUGCGCUGCCCAAUAACCACUAUUUCGAAGUUGAUCUCAGCUGGCACAAGGGCCUCAAGAACACCGGCAAGGAUGCCGAGGUUUAUGCGCCCCAGUCAAACCCCAACGGUCUUAUCAAGUGCACUGUUGGUCGCGCUGGCCAGAAGGCUAAGCUGUAA